AUCCGAAUAGAUCCCCGGCCGUGCUGGAUCCCCGCUCUGUGUCACAUGUUCCACGCGCGAAGAAAAUGAGCAUUCUGCGAAAGAGAUUGAACGAGUUCGAUGAUGUUCUCAAUACGGAUGAGAUAGACAUGGUCAGCCUUGGUAAAAUAUGUUUUCAUGGCAUACCGGAUGAAGGUGGUCUCAGGCCUUUGUGCUGGAAGUUGUUGCUCAAUUACUUACCGCCGACCAGAUCCAGUUGGUCGGAGACUCUGAACCGCAAGAGAGAGUUGUACAAUACAUUUAUCGAAGAUCUCAUUGUCAUGCCUGGGGAAUCCAAUGCGGAUGACAAAGAAAGAGUUGACGUGACAUUGCAUGAUCAUCCUCUCAAUUUAAAUCCAGAUAGUAAGUGGCAAACAUACUUUAAGGAUAACGAAGUUCUGCUACAAAUUGAUAAAGAUGUCAGGCGACUGUGUCCAGACAUAUCAUUUUUCCAACAAGGCACUGACUAUCCUUGUCAGAAGAUAGUGAGCGCUAAUGGUCAGCAACGUUUGCAUCACAGAGUUCAACAUACAGUGCUGAAAAGCGCGAAUGUUGAGAGGAAGGGAUUAGGAGUGACCAAGCAGAUAGCGGUCUCCGUCAGAAAGGCCACGGAGGAUUACGCGCCAUUAGCCGAAGGUGGCGAGGCGCAUUGGGAGGUCUUAGAGAGAAUACUCUUUUUAUACGCCAAGUUAAAUCCCGGCCAAGGUUACGUACAGGGUAUGAACGAAAUAGUAGGACCUAUAUAUCACGCGUUCGCCUGCGAUCCGGAUCAGGCAUGGAGAGAACACGCCGAGGCUGACACUUUCUUCUGUUUUACCAAUCUAAUGGGCGAGAUACGCGAUUUCUUCAUAAAAACGUUGGACGAGGCUGAAUUUGGCAUCAAUUCGAUGAUGAGUAAAUUAACCAAUCAAGUCAAGACCAAUGAUCCCGAGGUUUGGAUGCGGCUGCAUCAGCAGGAGCUGUGUCCACAAUAUUAUAGCUUCAGAUGGCUGACGCUCCUUCUCUCACAAGAAUUCCCGUUGCCGGAUGUCAUGAGAAUAUGGGAUUCUCUGUUCGCUGACGAGGAUAGAUUCAGCUUCCUCAUACAUAUCUGCUGUGCCAUGAUCUUGCUACUGAGGGACCAGUUGCUGGCCGGCGAUUUUGCUACGAACGUCAAACUUUUGCAGAAUUUCCCAUCGAUGGAUAUCCAAAUCGUGCUCUCUAAGGCUGCUGCUCUGGCGGGCAAGAUUUUAUAGUCUUCUUGUAACAGUCGCCAGUGAUUCUCCGAGGUGUCGAAAUUGUGACUUCUCGAGCUAUCGAGAUCACGAUUUUCUUCCUACACUGGCACGCGAUAUAUCACGAAGUCAUCGUAUGAAAAUAAGUAUCUCGAUGAGAUAUGUAUUGUAACAUAAUGUCAAUCGUAUAGAUACCGGCGGCUCAAUAGAAGAUAAACAAUUUGCGUUGUAUCAAGCAUCCAACAGUUGUAUAUGCGGUACGCACCAAGCUACACACAUACAAUCAGCUCAGACUCGUUGACUCGUCACGUAGCUUCGUGGCAGGACGAGCGUGAACAUUGGGUAUACAGCAUUUUUUUGCCAUGUGUCAAACUUUUUGAUACAUUUAAAACGUGGUAUUUGUAUAUACAUAACUUUUAAAUCGGAAAGUACACACACACGCACGGGGCUGAAGAUUUUGGAAACGUGAAUUUACAAGAGGCGCAUGAGCGAAUUCACCUGCGGUUUCUCCAAUGGUAGAUAAUAACGAUAGGGCUAGAACAUUCGGGCCGAAAGCAGGAAAAACGAUUUAUUAAACUUUCCCGAUCGUCCCGCCAUGACGACACGGAAUUACGCAAUAAUCGCAUCGCAAUAAGAUCUAAUAUCAUUUGUAUACGCGCUACAAUUAACAACGCAUAUAGAAAUACAAAUCUAUUACAUUUUGUAAUCUUAUUUUUAUAAUAAAAACGCGCCCGUUCGUGA